CAUUGUUGCAGGACAGACCGCAGAGCUUAGCAGCUGGCGAGAGACGGAGGGAAGCGUAAAGGGGGUAGAAGUUAAACAGAUAGUUGUUAUUGUAGACAAUAAACGGUCAAAAUAGCUACCUUUAACAUCGACAACGGACUUCAACGUCGCCUCAUUCAAUUAAGCUCAGCUGAUACUGUUGAAUACUGCAACAGUAGAUGACAAACAUGCCUGCCCUCUCUGCACCCACUGAUGUCGGCAGCUCACCCCCUUCUCCGGUGGACAGCAGUCCCAGGAGACUGUCCUGGGGCAAACUGGUGCAAAGACUGACUGAUUUCAGCACGUCUGCAAACAACAGCAGCAUUGAGUCGUCGGGGUCCAACAAUGGCAGCAGGAGUGAUCUCUCAGACUCAGGGUCAGAUGUCUCCAGCGACCUGUCUCCCUCCAAUGAAGACCUGUUUUACGAUCCAAUGGAGGAGACCAUCCUGAAGGAAGUAGUGGACCUUAUUGCACGAAGCCUGAGAGAUGCCAAAGACUCCGAUUGCGCCUUACGGUGCACCAAACUCCUCAUACCCGAGAAACUCCUGGAGCACAUCGGACAGGAGCUCCUUCACCUGGCAGCUAGCGAGCCCUGCGGUUUAAGAGGGGCCCUUAUCGACCUCUGCGUGGAGCAAGGGGCCACCUGCGAGAGCAUGGGACAGCUAUCUGUGGACCCAUACCUGGUCCCCACCUUUCAGCUGACUUUGGUGUUAAGGCUAGAGUCUAGUGGGCUGUGGCCUAAAAUCCAAGGACUUUUUAGCACAAAGUCUCCUUCCGCUCCAGUAGUGAGACAAGCUAUUAAACUUAGCACUGGUUUCCGCGUGAUCAAGAAGAAGCUGUAUUGUUCUGAAGAGCUGCUCAUCGAGGAAUGUUGAGUAAUUCUUUAAAAAAAGGGACUGCUGAGAUUUUAUUGUGUGCAUUUAAAAAAGAAAAAAGAAAUGCCCAGUUAAGCUCACAGAAGGGCCUUAUUACUAUGACGACAUGUAAAUGAUGCCUUCUGAAGUGAAAGGAUGAUGUAGCCUUUUGUUCCCCACUGUAAGGGAGCUGAAGUGGAUGGUACCUGAAGCAGGUGUCGCUUGACACUAACAGUCAGAUAUCCCAAUUGCAAUGUGUAACCAUCGUGACGCAUCCGGUAAAUAGGCAUUCUUUGCGAGUAUUAAAGUGCGUACCUCAGUUUCUAUCGAAACCAAAACGGCAGCUAGCUAAAUGGUUAUAGUCAUUGAAGACCAUUUGUGUUCUUUCUUCGUAUACAUGGCAGUGAAUCGUAACGUACACCAAGUGAUGAUGAAUUGUACACCAAGCAAACCAUUAGGGACCUUUUUAGUGACUGCUUGAAUUCAAGAGCAAAGGCCUACCACUGCUUGCCUUGUGCAGUAAAUGUGCAAGCUGCGGCUAAGAUUUCAAAUGUAACUUGAUCUCGCAUCUGUGUAGACCUGUUUUUGCUUUCGACUUUUUAUUUAUUUGACAUUCAAAUACUCCUAUCAUUGCACUGUUUUUUGUACUUUCAUGAUUGCAAAUAAAUUAUUUUU